UGCCGGUCAUCGUUGCAACGAUCGCAUGCCAAAGCUCUGUAUCAUCGGUUUCUUCUCUAUUCGACGUAAUCUAGCCUCGGUUUAUUAAUCUAAUCAUUUUAUAGUCUCUGUUUGACGUUUGACCACCGUUUGACUAGUAAUCGACGAGUGCCAACAAGUGCCAAUUAAAAGUUUUCUUCUAUCCUGAUGUAUUAUACUCUGUUUAAUGUCGAUGUAGAAGAUUUAUUAUAUAUGAUAUACGAUUGAAAAGAAGAGAUUCCUCGAUAAUGUAAUAAGAAAUGACGAUCGGCUUAUUAGAUGUCGAGAUAUUGUUACGUAUGUACAUGAGCGUACGAUAACAAAACUUACCUUAUUCCUUCCCUUCCUAUAUACAUGUGUGUGUGUGUAUACAUAUAUAAUAUGAUAAUAUUCCGGUAAUAAAUAUCUUGCGUAAAACAGCAGUCGCUCUAAAGGGAGAGGUCGAUUAUUAAUUGAUGAACGUGCAGUGAACCGCUUGAAUAAAAAAUGCCAAGCUCGUAUCUGUAUGCCAUUAACAAUGAAGGGCGGGUGUUUGGAUUGUCGACGUCGGGAAAUAUGUGGCGUGAAUUUAUGUAUUUAGGACUUGAAUUUAAACAAUUGUCAGCUGUACCACAUUUUAUGUGGGCCAUUGGUGGCGAUCGCCAAGUUUAUGUUCAUGUUCACGGUUUGGAUGUACCAAUAAGGAUCAAGGAAGAGACUUAUGAAAAUGAACGAUGGUUGCCUUUGGAAGGUUUUUCCGGAAGACUGCUUCCAACCGACAGAUAUAAUUUUUCUAAUCAAGAUGGAACGGUUGAUCGCAGUAGAGACAAAGUAAAACUACCAUCAAUGGCAUGGCAAUGGGAGGGUGACUGGCAAAUAGAAACGACAUUGGAUGGUCAACCGUUAGAUCAUGAUGGAUGGACAUACGCAAUUGAUUUUCCAGCUACGUACACUACAAAAAAGCAGUGGAAGUCUUGUGUAAGAAGACGCAAAUGGGUUCGUUAUCGGAGAUAUAGCGCUAUGAAUUCUUGGUGCGCUAUUGCCCCUCUACAUAAAGAUCCAACCAAGGAACCUUUUAUUGACGUAGCAGUGGGUGGAAAUCAAAUGCCCGGAAGUAGUUCUGGUAGUUUAGUAGUCUGGGCGGUGACGGCUCACGGAAGGGUCAUGUUCCGCGUUGGAACAAGCACAACUUGUCCCGAAGGACAAAGAUGGAGCUCCAUCAAGUUGGCAAACGGUUACGAAGUAUGUCAAAUUAAUAUUGGAGUAACUGGUCUUGUUUGGGCUGUACUUACGAUAGGCAAAGCAUUAGUUCGUACGGGCGUGACGAGAGACAAUCCAAUGGGUGAAGAUUGGUCAGAAGUGGAACCGCCGCAGAAAGACUUGAGAUUGGUACAAGUUAGCGUCGGUACUGAUGCUGUAUGGGCUAUAACGCACGACGGCGGAGUGUGGUUUCGAAAGGGUAUUCAAGGUGAAAUAAGCGGUGUUUGUGAACAAUUGGCCACUGGAACCGGUUGGGUUGAAAUGUUAAGCAAAAUGGCAUUAGUAUCCGUUGCUCCGAAUGAUCAAGUUUGGGCUAUUGGCUAUGACGAUCGGUGUUUGCAUUAUCGUACUGGUAUCACGCGUUCCGAAUUGACGGGGAAACGGUGGAAAUUAAUAAACGCGCCCUUGCAACUAAGUAGAGCAAGUAGCAACGCUAGUUUGUCAUCCAGCAACAGACACAGUACUUGCGGCACACCGCAACAACAACGUCAUCAGAGUUGGAGUUCCUUGAAUCGCCCUCAUAGUACAGGUGAAGGUACAAUGUUGAUUAGAGAAUGGGAAGAGCAAUCACGUUCAGCGCCAACACCCACAUCUUUAAAAUUAUGGCAACGUACUAAUGAUGGCGCAUCUGCAAAAAAUAUUCAAACAUCUUUUCAAGAUAUGUAUCUAAAUGAAGAGAGAAAGAGAUCUACAAAUUCUGUAGACACGAGUGAUUUAAACGAAGCGAGUGUUGCUAGUAUAACUAUAUCUAAUGAAUCUUUGGCAAAAAGUGGAGAAUCGAUAGUCGUCUCGGGUAAAGGAAUGGGCAGUACUGUUAAGAUUAAUCCUGCUGCUUGGAGUCCCGUCCAUUCUGUCGGUUCCAUGGUAGGUGUCGAAGCACAUCCAGAAACAGAUGGAAGUAUAUUUGAUCCAGAUUUAACUGGAGACUCUGGUGUAUACGGUGAAGAUGAAAGUACAGGGAUAAUAUAUUGGGCCGAGUGUGAUGUGUUGUGGUAUAAAGUAGAAGCUGGAGCAUGCUUUGUCGAUCCAACAAAUCCACCCAAAUGGAUUGCUGAUGGCAAUGGUACCACCCAAGGAGAAAUUGGAGAAUUAUGGAGAAUAAACAUUUUAGAUGAAUUAAAAGCAAGAUUAAAGAAAAUGUCAUUUGAUUCUUCAAUAGUGUAUGAAAAAGCAGUUGAAAAGUCAUCUUGGGUGAAGAGUGGUGAUGCUAAAUGUAAAAUAAAAAAUGGCAGCCUUUACGAAGAUUGCAAGAUUGAAUUGGAAUGGAUAAGCAGCGAUACUGGAUCAUUAGAUUCUGGAACCUUAAUAAUAUUAAAUUCAGAUGGUGUAACAAGCAUAAUACAAUUUCCUGUCUCGGAAAUUACGUGUGUCGUUUGCUGUAGUGAACCAGGUAAUCCAAGAAUAGCAGUUCACACUCCCAAAUUAAAUCGUUCAAAAGUAAUUAGAUUACAAUUUGCAAGUGAUACGGAAAUGGAAGACUGGUUGGCGCACUUAACUUCAGUAUCUUGCCAGAUGAAUAAUAUAUAUGGUAGACCUGGUCCAAAUUCUAUUUGGACCACAACUGUGUUAGGUGAUGUAUAUGUGUUUGAUCCUGCAAUUGCAGAGGAAUGUCAAUUAUCUGAAGAGGGAUAUAUACAAGAAAUGGAUAUUGCUGGUAAAGAUUUGCCGUUUGAAAGUAUAUUACAAAAUGGUUUUGGAUACGGCAGUACUCUAAAAAUUACAGUAUGCGUUCAUGAUGAUGCUGACAGGUUAUCUUUUAAUCUGGUUUGUUAUACUACAACAUUCGUAAAACAAAAGACUGUGACAGAAAGCCAUGAUAUUGCUUUGCAUUUUAAUCCGAGACUCAAAGAAAAUAUCAUUGUACGGAAUACAUAUCAAAAUAGUCAAUGGGGAGAUGAGGAAAGAAAUGGAGAUAGUCCAUUGAAAGCAGGCUGUGACUUCACAUUGUAUAUCGUUUGCGAAGAACGUGGUUAUAAAAUUUAUAUUAACGAUAGCGAAUAUACUUUUUAUAGCCACCGAAUACCUCCGACCAGUAUUACUCAUUUACGCAUCAAAGGAUUGCUGACUUUAUGUAGUAUUACGUAUAAGUCUACAUCUGUGAUUAUUGAACCCAGCACAAUGUUUUGGAGACAAAUUGGUGGACAUUUAAAAAAGGUUGAGACAUGUUCCGUGGAUGUUACUUGGGGCAUCGGCUACGAUAGUACUGCUUGGGUAUACACAGGUGGUUGGGGAGGCACAUUUCUCAAAGGCUUGGGAACUAGUAAUACUGGAAUAAAUACGAUGGUAGACACUCAUAAUUAUUACGUAUACGAAAAUCAACGUUGGAAUCCAGUAACUGGAUAUACCGCGCAUGGACUUCCAACGGACCGAUACAUGUGGAGCGAUGCAACUGGACGGCACAAACGUACGCGAGAACAUUCGAAAUUAUUGUCGAUGCAUUGGCAUUGGGUGUCAGAUUGGAUCGUCGAUUUUCACACACCCGGUGGCGUUGAUAGAGAUGGAUGGCAAUAUGCCACUGAUUUUCCAUCGCAAUAUCAUGGCAAGAAACAAUUUACCGAUUAUGUUCGAAGAAGACGAUGGUUUAGAAGAUGUCAACUAACGACCAGCGGACCUUGGCAAGAAUUGGGAAAUACAAAACUCGUUGAUGUCUCUUUAUAUGUGACAGGAAAACCUGGCACAGAUAGUCCUGUUCAUGUCUGGGCGGUUGCUGCAAACGGUGAGGCUUUAUUCAGACGAGGUGUUUCGGAAUCUUGUCCAAUGGGAGUGUCAUGGGAACAUAUACCAAGUGAUCAGCCUUUAAUUAGCAUAUCGUGCGGUCCAUGUGGACAAGUCUGGGCUAUUGGAAAGAACGGUUCCUCCUGUUGGAGGCUAGGCAUCAGUGCUACAAAACCAACUGGUAUACAAUGGCAAAAUGUCGAGCCACCUUCAGGUGCUCAGUUGAAGCAAAUUUCAGUAGGACACGAUGUAAUAUGGGCUUUAGAUACAAUGGGUCGACUGUCAGUACGCCGAGAAGUACAAUCCAAUGUUUUUCCUGAGGGAACUCAUUGGCAAACAUUACCCGCUAUGCCAAAUGAUCCUAUUCAUAUAGACAUGUCAGUGACAAACGCUAAGCAAGGAUUCCGACAUGUAUCCGUUUCGAGAGAGCAAGGACAAGUUUGGUCAAUUUCAGGAGCAGGCAUUAUUUGUCGAAGAAUUGGUGUUACUCACGAAAAUCCAGCUGGAACCGGAUGGGUAACUGGCAUAGGGGCAAACUGGCAAAAUGUAAGUCUUGGAGGACUUGUAAAUAAAACGAAAUAAUCUUUAUUGCAAUCGUAUUAAAAUACAAGUUUUAGUAAUAUGAAAUAAUUAACAAUUUUGUGAUUUCCUUGUAAAGUGUAACAUUACGUGUAUACAUACAUGUGUGAACACAGAGACAUCUAUACUAAUACAACAUUGGUAAUUUGUAGUCAAUAAUCAUACGUAUAAAGCAAAUUACUUAGCACUAUUAUAUUGUAAAUUAUUCUUCGGUAUAAUGGGUAUACAUAUGUUAAACAAAUUGAGAUGGUACAAUUAACUCUCCGCAGACGACUCGAACAAUUUUUCGAUCUUGUAUCAUUCAGCAAAUUCUGUCUCAAAUUCGGACAUUUGGACAAAAAAAUAAAAUGCAUUUUGGGUCAAUGUUACACAAUUAUGUCGUAAUUCAUUAAUAUUGAAAGAGUAUAUUAGAAUUUUUUUACAUUUUUUUAGAGCCUUAAAAAAUCCUUAGAAAAAAACAACCGUCUUUUAGCGACCUAGAUGGUCUUUCAUAGCGGAGGGUUAAGUAUAGUAUUCAUUAAAUAAGAUAUACAUAAAAAUACAUAUAUAUCAUUUAAAUUAUUUCCUGAAUUACUUAAGAUUUGGAUCAAUUUAUUAUAUUUACACAAUAAAAUAAUAAUAUCAUUGUGUAAACGUUUUGUUAUUUUUCUAGUACAUUUAAAAUAUAUGGCAAAUAAUAGAUAAAUAUAAUAGCAUUUAUGACUAGCUAAAAAGCACAAAAUGCUUACAAAUAUAUGAUAAAAUUAUAAGUACUGUUCUGUGAUUGUGUAAACAUUCCAAUGAGCGUAACACAAUGUUUAUUGGGUAAUGCUUGAUAAUACUUAAAAUUAGCUACUUUCGCUAAUUUGUGUGAACGAAAAUAUAUAAAAUAUAUAAAAACAUAAAUUCUUAUUAUAAUCCAUGCGCUCGAUGUUAUUAAUAAAAUCUCUGUGACAAUAGUUGUAACUUUUUUCUUACAUAUAAUUAAUGUUUAAUUAAAUUGUAAAGAUAAAAAGCAUGUAGUAAAACGAUUUUAGUAAGUCAAGACUGUAGGAGAGCCAUUAACUAUGUACAUUACCAAUAUAUUAAAAAUAUCAUUGUAUACCUUAAAAUACUUUGUUUAUUUAUUUAUCGAUGUAAAGAGCGCAAGUUAUUUGUAUUUUAUAAGCAAAUAACUAUCACAAUAAACUUUGCUUUUGUUUC